AUGCGAAGGUGAAAAGCCGAUGGAAAGAGAGUGAGAGAGCUCGAAAACUCAUCAAUGGCGUCGUCGAAAUCGCUCCAUUUGAUAUUCCUUCUCGCGGUGAUCUUCGCCGAUGUGGCUGUGGAUUCGUCCAAGGAGUUCCUUCAAAGAGCCAGAGAGACGGAGUUCUAUGAUUGGAUGGUCGGAAUCCGGAGGAGGAUCCACGAAAACCCGGAGCUCGGUUUCGAGGAAUUCCAGACCAGUGAGCUUGUCCGAAAGGAGCUCGAUGCGAUGGAAAUCCCAUACAAGCACCCGUUUGCUGUCACUGGCGUUGUCGGCUACGUUGGGAGUGGGAAGCCUCCGUUUGUUGCUCUGCGUGCCGAUAUGGAUGCUCUAGCGCUCCAGGAGCUUGUGGAGUGGGAGCACAAGAGUAAAAUACCUGGUAAGAUGCAUGCCUGUGGUCAUGAUGCUCACAUUGCAAUGCUUCUAGGUGCUGCUAAAAUCCUUCAGGAGCACCGUGACGAGUUACAGGGAACUGUUGUGCUUAUAUUUCAACCUGCUGAGGAAGGAAGUGGUGGUGCGAAGAAAAUGAUAGAGCAUGGAGCUCUGGAGAAUGUUGAGGCCAUCUUUGGUUUUCAUGUCAGAAGCGCGAAGGCUCUUGGCACAGUAACAUCCAGACCUGGACCUUUAUUGGCUGCAAAUGGGUUCUUUGAAGCAGUAAUUAGUGGAAAAGGUGGUCAUGCAGCCGUUCCUCAGCUUGCAAUAGAUCCCAUUUUAGCCGCAUCCAAUGUGAUUGUUAGUUUGCAGAACCUUGUUUCUCGUGAAACUAAUCCCUUGGAGUCGCAGGUUGUAACAGUGGGUAAAUUCCAAGGUGGUAGUGCAUUCAAUAUCAUUCCAGAAUCUGUUAGCAUUGCUGGUACUUUCCGUUCCUUUUCAAAAGAAAGUUUCUUCCAGCUGAAGCAGCGCAUUGAGGAGGUUAUUAUAGCUCAAGCAGCAGUGCAAAUGUGCAAUGCAACAGUAGAUUUCCUCACCGAGAAACAGCCCUUCUAUCCUGUGACCGUCAACAGUGAACAACUUCAUAGACACUUUCUGAAUGUUGCUGGUGAAAUGCUUGGAUUUGACAACAUUAAGGAUGAGCUGCCCACAAUGGGAGCAGAGGACUUCUCAUUCUACUCUGAGGUCGUCCCGGUUGCAUACUUCUACUUCUUGGGCAUGCAGAACGAAUCUCACCCACCACUAAAAAUCGGCCACUCUCCGCUCUUCCAAGUCAAUGAAGAAGUGCUUCCAUAUGGAGCUGCCCUCCAUGCAGCAUUGGCCUUUGAGUACCUUUCUGAUGCCCAGAUUCCUUCAAUGGAGAAGGAAAGAGUUCAUGAUGAACUCUAGUUAUUAUUCUUUAAGUUUCAUGCUUAUAAUGUUUAUCAAAGUUAUCAUUCUUGUGAUCAUGUGUGUGAUUCUUGUGAGAAUGAGUUUGACUGAAGAUGUAUUUUUGUACAGAUGGUUGGUUGUGGUUACUGCAAUGCUCAUGCACUUUGGAGGUAUUUGAUCUAA